GGGAAGGAGCGCGGUCGUCUUAGUCCCGCGCGGCGCGGAGCGGAGCGGCGCGGCCCGGUUCGGUUCGCUUUUCGCUUCUUGCUUCUUGCUCGGUGCCAUGUCGCGGCGGCGGCACAGCGACGAUAGUGAUGACAGCGAUGGACAGCCUCACAAGCGGCGGAGGACGUCGGAGCCGUCGGAGAUCGAGGAGAGACUCGAGUCGCUCAUCUGCAGAGUAGGGGAGAAGAGUAACUCAUCCCUGGAGAGCAACUUGGAGGGCCUAGCUGGUGUAUUGGAAGCUGAUCUACCAAAUUACAAAAGCAAGAUACUAAGAAUUCUGUGUACUGUUGCACGUCUGUUACCAGAAAAGCUUACUGUUUACACAACACUAGUUGGGUUGCUGAAUGCCAGGAACUACAACUUUGGUGGGGAAUUUGUAGAAGCCAUGAUUCGUCAGCUUAAAGAAUGUCUGAAAGUCAAUAUGUACAAUGAAGCUGUGCAUUUAGUUCGUUUUCUGUCUGAUCUUGUGAAUUGUCAUGUCAUAGCUGCACCUUCGAUGGUGGCUAUGUUUGAGAACUUUGUGAGCGUGACACAGGAGGAAGACGUACCACAAGUGCGAUGUGACUGGUACAUAUUUGCAUUUUUGUCAUCUUUACCUUGGGUUGGAAAGGAAUUGUAUGAGAAAAAGGAUGCUGAGAUGGAUCGUCUCUUGUCUCAGACAGAAAGCUAUCUGAAACGCCGCCAGAAGAUACAUGUACCAAUGCUACAAGUUUGGACUGCUGAUAAACCACAUCCACAGGAAGAAUAUUUAGACUGCCUCUGGUCUCAGAUUCAGAAGUUGAAAAAAGACCGUUGGCAAGAACGACACAUUCUGAGGCCCUACCUGGCUUUUGAUAGCAUUCUUUGUGAAGCACUGCAACAUAAUCUGCCGCCAUUCACUCCUCCACCUCACACUGAAGACUCAGUUUAUCCUAUGCCAAGGGUUAUUUUUAGGAUGUUUGACUACACUGAUGACCCUGAGGGCCCUGUCAUGCCUGGCAGCCAUUCUGUUGAACGAUUUGUAAUAGAGGAGAACCUUCACUGCAUCAUCAAAUCCCACUGGAAAGAGAGAAAGACUUGUGCUGCCCAGCUGCUGAGCUAUCCAGGAAAUAACAAGAUACCCUUGAACUAUCACAUAGUAGAGGUAAUUUUUGCAGAGUUGUUUCAGCUUCCUUCUCCGCCACACAUCGAGGUCAUGUACACAACUCUGCUGAUUGAGCUGUGCAAACUUCAGCCUGGUUCUUUACCACAAGUUCUUGCACAAGCCACAGAAAUGCUCUACAUGCGUUUGGAUACAAUGAAUACAACCUGUGUAGACAGAUUCAUUAACUGGUUUUCUCACCACUUGAGUAACUUCCAGUUCCGUUGGAGCUGGGAAGAUUGGUCAGAUUGUCUUACUCAGGACCUUGAAAAGCCCAAACCCAAGUUUGUGAGAGAGGUGUUGGAAAAAUGCAUGCGGCUCUCCUAUCAUCAGCGGAUAAUCGAUAUUGUUCCUGCAAGCUUUUCUGUCCUCAGUCCUGCAAAUCCAGUGUGUAUCUACAAGUAUGGAGAUGAAAGCAAUAGGUCUCUUCCUGGAUAUACUGUGGCACUCUGUUUAACAAUUGCAAUUAAAAACAAGGCCAGUAAUGAUGAAAUCUUCAGCAUUUUAAAAGAUGUGCCUAAUCCAAAUCAGGAUGAUGACGAUGAUGAAGGAUUUACUUUCAAUCCUUUGAAAAUAGAAGUCUUCGUUCAGACUCUGCUCCACCUUGCUGCAAAGUCUUUCAGCCACUCCUUCAGCGCCCUGGCAAAGUUUCACGAAGUCUUCAAAACGCUUGCUGAAAGUGAUGAGGGAAAACUUCAUGUUUUGAGAGUUGUGUACGAGGUCUGGAAGAACCAUCCACAGAUGAUCGCUGUGCUUGUGGACAAGAUGAUUCGGACACAAAUUGUUGACUGUGCUGCAGUAGCAAACUGGAUCUUCUCCUCAGAGCUUGCACAUGAUUUUACUAGGUUUUACAUCUGGGAGAUCUUGCAUUCCACAAUUCGUAAGAUGAAUAAGCAUGUUCUGAAGAUUCACAAAGAACUGGAGGACACAAAGGCAAGAUUGGCCAGACAACACAAAAGACGAGACAGUGAUGAUGAUGACCGGAGCAGUGACCGGGAGGACGGACCUCUGGAGGAGCAGAUAGAGCGCUUGCAGGAGAAGGUUGAGUCAGCACAGAGCGAGCAGAAGAAUCUCUUCCUUGUAAUAUUCCAGCGCUUCAUUAUGUUGUUAACUGAGCACUUAGUGCGCUGCGAGACCGGCGGAAUUGAUGUAUUUACGCCGUGGUACAAGAGCUGCAUAGAAAGGCUGCAGCAGAUCUUCCUGCAGCAUCACCAGAUAAUCCAGCAGUACAUGGUGACCUUCGAGAACCUCCUGUUUACAGCUGAGCUGGAUCAUCACAUACUGGCCGUCUUUCAGCAGUUCUGUGCUCUGCAGGCCUGAGGAGAAUUCCUGGUCUGGUCAAAAUUACGACCUCUUCUUGGCAGUCGCUUCCACCGAUAAAUAGGAGCAGCGAGCAACACCUGGAGUGGGACAGAUUUUCUGCUUUGGUAACUGCAACCCUGACUGUGUUUUAGGGCUGCCAUGCCACCGAACCAGACCUGCAGGCCUGCAGUGCUGCCAGAAAUGCUUCUGUUCCCCAUGGUGGAUCAACCAGGUGCCACUGCUUGUCCGGCUUAGCAACAACUGCUCUGUGGUGGCCGUAUCUGCCGCGGCAGCACGCAGCUCCUGUGUCACCUGAAAGCAUUUUGAUGCUCACUGAAGAGGUUUCUCGCCAGGAGACUCAGACUGGGGAAACACGUAACCUGAAAAUAGAGUAGCCUUAGUUUUGAGUUAUGCAAAUAACAUUACUUAUAGAAAUGCCAAAUCAGAGUGGUCUGUGUUAUGACAAGCAGUGAUGAGUGGCAAAGACACUGCCUUAGGUGCUCAGGUCUGUACUGUACAGUAUACUUCCAAGCUGUUUAUGUUCUCUUUACUUUGUGGGUGAAUGUUUAGAGAAUUUCAUACCCAGUGCUACACAGCUCAAGCUUGAAACUGAUGAAUUUUAAGUAAUUUUGUUCCUGUACAAAUUUUUUUUUUCCAGUGUUAUGCUUCGUAAUGCAAUUCAUCCCAACAUUAAUAAAUUGACCUCCUAAUAAAGUGAGGAGAGCAAAGAG